CUACGCGUUCAUUUCUACAUCAACUCCAGGUGGUGGUGGUUCGCCACUGGCCACCUCUGGCUCCUCCUGCUUCACCUCUACUGGGGGUCGACUUUCACGAUCGCGGUCCUCUCUAUCUCUAUCCUUUUCCUUGUCUCUGUCUCUAUCACGAUCCUCUCGAUCAUCCUUUUCACGAUCAUCACGUCGCGACCGUUUUUCCCGUCGAUCGCGCUCGUCGCCUCGUCUGUCACGCCUCUCGCUGUCAUCGUCCUUGUCUUUCUCGUGUCGCCUUCACAAACAAAAUUAUUAUAGGAAGAAAAUUUUUUCAUAA